AUGCGUUGCAAAUUCCAUAUAUUCAAUGAUGCUGAAGAAGAUGCCGCUGGGAUUUACGGCAGUUGUCGAGGAGGGAAAAAUCGACAAGAGGUGCGGAUUCGAGCAGACAUGCCACACGCUACGAUAUCAGGAAUUCCGGAUCUGUCUUGCUUAAAAGGGUUUGCGUUAGAAUCUAUAUCUUUUAGACUAAAGUGGGAAGGGACAUGUCACGAAGCACUUCGGUUGACUGGGAAGGAUGAUGCAUGGUCCCUGACUUUAAGGUUUGCCGGACUUGAUGAAGCAACAGAAACGAUGCUCUCUUUCCUUAUGACCAAAGGUUAG